UGUUGUUUUAAUUGUUUUAUUUUCAAAAAUAUAAAAAACAAAUCAUAUUCUUCAAUCGCUACAAAGCAAUUGAAACAAACGUUAUUAAAUCGUAAAACAAUUCCUGUUUAUGUCAUAGAGGUUAUGUUUACGUUAUAAAGGAUGGAGCAGGAUUUAAAGACGAAAAUCGAUCAGGCCUGCCGAACGGCCGAAGAAUUUACAAAGCUUUAUUAUGAAAGUUUGGACAAACGUAGAUAUCUCAUAUCAAGAUUAUAUCUAGAUACUGCAACUUUAAUAUGGAAUGGAAACGGUAUUGAAGGAAAAGAUAAUAUACAAAAAUUUUGGACAGACUUGCCACCUUCAGAUCAUUCUGUUUUUACUUUAGAUGCUCAACCAAUAACAGGUCCUGAGAUGGCAGAUCAAUUAACAUUCCUUGUAAAAGUUGGAGGACAAGUGAAGUAUGAUGACAAGAUAUCAAAACCAUUUAGCCAAUGUUUUCUAAUUGCAGCUAUGGGAGAUAAGUGGAAAAUUGUAAGCGAUUGUUUUCGUGUACAAGAGAUAUUAGAAAAUGUAAAUUGAAAUAUAAAAUAAGACAGUUUGUGUUCUCAAAAUAUUCAAAGUCUUUCGUGAUUCAAUAUUUCUUUUUAUUUCUAUCGUCGGUCUUAUAUCAAUGUAUAAAGCGAUAUUAAAAUUUUUGUAUUAGUGAAUCA